UCUGGCCACACUGGUCGUGUUUGUUGCAUUUCGGCAAGCGGCAAAUGUAAAUAAAUUCCGCUCUCGUCCAAGCGUGCUCGUAAUUGGUUAAUUUCCAUUAGUAUUUCAAGUCUUUUGGUUGUGGUACGAAAAGUUGUUCAUUUAAAGAUAAUUUUUAGAAGCGGAAAAGCCAUACAAGCAGUACUUUUCCGUGAAAUCCACCGAACCUCAACCAAACAAAUUCUACCAUCAUGGAUGAUCAGGUCUGUCCGCGAUGCAAAACCACCAAACCGCAACCGUCGCUCAAGCUGAUGGUGAACGUGUGCGGCCACACGCUGUGCGAAAGCUGCGUCGAGCUGCUGUUUCUCAAAGGGUCCGGCUCCUGUCCGGAGUGCAAUGUGGCCCUGCGUCGGAGCAACUUCCGCGUGCAGCUGUUCGAGGACUCGAACGUCGACAAGGAGGUGCAGAUACGCAAACGCAUCCUGAAGGAUUUCAACAAAAAGGAGGACGACUUCGGCUCGCUGGACGAGUACAACGACUAUCUGGAGAUGAUCGAGGAGCUGGUGUUUAAUCUGUGCAACAACAUCGACAUCAUCAACACGAACAAACGCAUUGAGCAGUACAAGCGGGACAACCGGGACGUGAUCAUGAAGAACAAGCUGAAGCUGAGCAAGGACGAGCUGGAGUUGGAGCAGAUCGUGGAGUACGAGAAGGAGCAGUUCGAUCAGCGGCGGAAGGAGCUGGCGAUGAUUGAGGCGGAAAACCGGAAGCAG